AUGGCGGUCCCUUUUCCAUGGGCAGCCUUGCGCGUACUGAGUUUGUGCUCUGAAGGUUGCAAGAAAGUAAUUUUUCAUGUUCCUUCUGAACUAGAGGCUGACACAUUAGUUGGCAGAGUUGAUUUGAAAGAAUGCCUUCAGUCUGCAGAGUUUAUCAGUUCCAGUGAUGGGAAUUUCAAAAUUCUAGAGGAUGGUUCUGUGUACACAACAUCUGCUGUUUCUUUGUCCGCUCAGAAAAAGACUUUUAGCAUAUUACUUAAAGAUAUUCAAGAACAUGUGCAAAAGAAAAUACAUGUUAGUUUGGUGGAAGAAGAAAAAAAGAAGACCAGGCAUGCUAGAGAUACGGUUCUCAAGCGAACUAAAAGAAGGUGGGGCCCUAUUCCAUCUGUUGUGAUGGAGAACUCGAUCGGACCUUUUCCACAACAAAUACAGCAGAUCCAGUCAGACACAGCUCAGAACUACACCAUUUAUUAUUCUGCAAGUGGACCAGGAAUUGAUCAAGAUCCAAAGGGUUUGUUUUACAUAGAGAGAGAAACUGGAAAUAUCUUUGCUACUCGUGCAGUAGACCGUGAACAAUAUCCAAGCUUUCAGAUUAUUUGCUUUGCAACCACUGCAGAUGGUUAUUCACCAGAGGUACCACUUGUGCAUACAAUCAAGAUAGAGGAUGAUAAUGAUAAUGCUCCAGAGUUUUCUCAAAGUUCUUACAAAUUUUUUGUUCUUGAAAAUUGCAAAUCUGGUGAACGUGUUGGGCAAGUGAUUGCAGAGGACAAAGACGAGCCUCAUACUCUGCAUACUAAGUUGAAAUACAGCAUUUUAGGAAGUGCAGCAAGACAAUUAUUUAAUAUACAUCCUGAUACAGGUGUCAUAACAGUAGCAACACCGCACUUGGACAGAGAGAAUAAACCCGAUUAUCUAAUUCAAAUUGAAGCAAGAGACCUGAAUGGUCAUCGGUUUGGUUUGUGCUCUACAGCAGAAGUUAUGGUUGCCCUUAGGGAUGUAAAUGACAACGCACCAUACUUUAAACAGACACAAUAUGAAACACAAGUGGAGGAAAACAGAGAACAUGUAGAAAUACUGCGUGUGUCUGUUGUUGAUCUUGAUGAACCUGAUUCACCUGGGUCUAGAGCAGUGUAUGAAAUUAUAAGAGGAAAUGAUGAUCAGUCCUUUGAAAUUACAACAGACAAAAACACAAAUGAAGGAAUACUGUGUGUUGUUAAGGGACUGGACUAUGAAAGCGGCAAGCAAAGGAUCCUUGUGAUUACAGUCAACAACGAGGCACCCUACUCUCUGGCACCACAUUCACAACAAGUUUCCCAGAGCACCGCCUCUGUUAAAGUGAAUGUCAUGGAUGUGGAUGAGGGGCCGGUGUUUCGACCCUGUUUCUUUCGCAUGGACGUUAAAGAAUGUGAGGAAAUUGGGGCAAUUAUUGGGAGAUACCUAGCAGAAGAUCCAGAAACUGGAAAUAGUGAAGGCAUAUG